GCCAGAGUUUAGGAAUAUCAAGGAUAUAUACAUUUUUUUAAGUUUCCUCACUUCUUCUACAUAUCUGUUUGACAUUAAAUAAUGCUGUUUGAAAUAUAUAGUUAGGAUUAUAAAAGAUGGAUUUCCAUAUUCCAAGAUGUUGACAAAAGAGGUGUGAUUGAACUUUCAUUUGGUGGGCGGAGUAAGAGGAGAGGGAGGUUGAAUUUAAUUGUCCGCCAUGUUGUGCUAAAAGUGUUUUCCUCCUGUCAAAUUAAUGAAUUUCUCUAUAGUUUGUGGCUAAAAUAUGGAAGAAACUAAAGUAAUUUAUCAUAUAGAUGACGAAGAAACUCCAUAUUUAGUGAAAAUACCAAUAUCUCCGGAUAGAGUGACUCUAGCAGACUUUAAAAAUGUUCUCAAUAGACCCAACUACAAGUUUUUCUUUAAAUCGAUGGACGAUGAUUUUGGUGUGGUGAAAGAAGAAAUUGUGGAAGAUGGUGCUCAUUUACCUUGCUUUAAUGGAAGAGUUGUCAGCUGGUUGGUAUCAGCAGAUGGUUCCAAUCAAUCAGACGGCGGCUCACAGUGCACGACAGACAGUGUUACAAACCAAUCAGAGAACCGGUUACCUCCACCAGCACCCGAGUCUGUCUGUACAGACACAGAGAGCAUCAUUAGUUCUAGACAGGGUAGAAGGCAUCAUAAAUACUCAUCCAGAAUUAAUGGACAUCUUCCAAGAGUUUAUGAGACUGCAUCCAUCGUGAGCUCUGACUUGGAGACUACCAGUUUCCAAUCAGAAACGACAGGUAGACACACUGCAUUAUCAGAAUGUUCGAGUGUGAGCAGAUUGCACGUUGCUGGGCGGAAAAGACCUCAGAGGCGGCGAAAACAAAGGUUACAAGCUAUGUCUAGGACCAGUUCAUAUUCAAGUAUAACAGACUCGACAAUGUCUCUAAAUAUAAUCACUGUCACAUUGAAUAUGGACACAGUGAACUUUCUGGGCAUCUCUAUAGUUGGGCAAAGCAAUAAAGGUGGAGAUGGUGGUAUAUAUGUUGGAUCUAUCAUGAAAGGCGGUGCGGUAGCGCUAGAUGGUAGGAUAGAACCGGGUGAUAUGAUAUUACAAGUAAAUGACGUUAAUUUUGAAAAUAUGUCAAACGACGAGGCUGUUAAAGUUUUAAGAGAAGUUGUACAAAAACCAGGACCUAUUAAACUAGUUGUUGCCAAAUGCUGGGACCCCAAUCCCAAAGGGUAUUUUACCAUACCCAGGACUGAACCUGUCAGGCCUAUAGACCCAGGAGCUUGGGUAGCUCACACGGCGGCAGUUCGGGGUGAUCCCGUGGCUCGACCACCGAGUAGUUCUACGGUAUCUAGCUCGUCAAUCGCUAGCACUAUACCGGCCAAUGAACGUGAGUGUCUUCUUGGUCCUGACCUAGAAGAAACACUGAGCGUGAAUUCGCCAAUGUCGCAAGUAGUGCAAGCGAUGCAGCGGCCGGAUAGCGGCCUGGAGAUCCGGGAUCGAAUGUGGCUGAAGAUCACCAUUCCGAACGCGUUCAUCGGCACCGAUCUGAUCGAUUGGCUGCUGACACACGUAGAGGGCUUCCACGAACGGAGGGAUGCCAGAAAGUACGCCUCGCACCUGCUCAAGGCCGGGUUCAUCAGGCAUACUGUUAACAAGAUCACUUUUUCUGAGCAGUGUUAUUACAUCUUCGGUGACCUGUGUUCGGCUAUGAGCAACCUGAAGGUGCAAGGGGAUACAGACAGUGUGGGUCCGUUGCCGAACGUCCCCAAUUACAUGCCGUAUAGUGGUACUUAUAACCCGCUCGAGUAUAUGCCGAUGCCAUUUUACAGUGAAAAUACCGUCUAUGGUUACAAUAAGGAAGAGUCUGUGCUUAGCGGAAGCGGGGGUUCGAGUGGUUCCGACCACCUGAAAGACCCCGCAGGCGGAGGCAGCGGCGGCGUAGCCGGCGGUCACAGCAGCGCCUCCGACAGCGACCUCACCUCCUUGGGGCCCCGCAGCGGGGUUGGAGGGGGUCACACCGGCCCCACAGGAAACGGCAACGGUAGCUCCAACGGCUCCGAGCAGAGCAGCGGUACGCAGAUCGCAGGAGGCGGUGGCCAGGGCCAAGGGCAUCCCAAGGACAUUGCCGUCUUAAGUUACCUCUAGUGCAAUAUUACACACAUCAUUUAGAAAUUGCUUUGCCAUAUCUCCGAAGAUACAGGAUUGGUAAGUUACCAAUUUACGCAAACUUAGGACAACAACCGUACUAUCAACGUAUCAAAAAAUUUUGUAUGUGCUUGUUAUAUUAAUUUUAUUUAUUUCCUCAUUGAUAGUUUUUCAAUUUGUAUAUCACCUUCCAAAAUUUGUACUGAUUGAAUGUUUAUAUAGCAUACUUAAGUCUACAUUGUUGUGUAUCAUAUCGUUUUUCAAAAAACGUGUCUCUUGGACAUUAUAGAUAUAGGUUGUAUUUUUUAUAUUUUCCAUUAUGUAUGUUAAGAAACACUGUAAUAUUAGAUUUGCAAACAUAUUAUCAAACGUUUUUGUAAGAAUUUAUGUUCAUUAUUGUAUGUAAAUAAUUCAAGGUGAUAACAGCGACAGUUUUAUAAUUAAUAUAAAUAAUUGAAUUGCUUUGCAUCAACAAUCGAGAAAAGUAGCCUGCAAUAGUUUUUUAAACAAUGCGAAUUGCAGCAUGCACAUUUUGUAUAAUUAAUACAAAAAAGCACGUAUCAAUGAUCGCAUCCUGCCACAAAUUUCUAUAUUCUUUUCACGUUUUGUUUGGAGGUAAUAAUUCAUUCAGUUUUGCAAGUAUCGAUAUCUUCAAACAUCACCUUUCCGAAAGAUAUUAUUGAACAAGAUAUUAAAAUAUGUGAUACGGGUUAUCAGAUAUACCACUUUUUGAAUGACCUAAAACUGUUGUUGUUUUGUCACCUGGUGUUAUGUAGUUUUACGUUAUCAUAUUCAAGUAGAAGAAUACUGCCAUAUUUCAUUGUGAGGUGCUUUUUAUAUAAUUUUAUUGAAAUUAAGUGUACGUAAACCAUAUAUUUAUUUUCUAUGUGAUAUUUAUUUGCAAUUUAUUUAUAUUUUUCAUUUAAUAAUGAUGUAUAUAUAAAAAACAAAUAACGCUAACAGGGUAUAUUUGUUUUUGCGUUUUUGAAGAAAUAGAUGAAUUAUAUUUUAGUUAUUAAUCAUGAAUUAUUUGUGCUAUUUUGUGGAAUAUACAGGGAAAUAUGUAGUCCAGAAUUUUGAGUGUGACUGAGGGUACAUAAAAGUAUACUCAUGAAAUAAAGUUCGUCUGUAAUA